AUGAAGAUUGAAGGUAGAACAUUCAUUGUAUCAGGCGGAGCUUCAGGCUUAGGCCGAGCAUGUGUUGUUGAUAUCUGCCAAGCUGGAGGAUAUGCAGCUGUUCUAGAUAUGAAUGAAGAGUUGGCUGAAGAGUUGGUUAAAGAAGUAGGAGGUGGAAAGAUUAAAUUCUUUCGAACAGAUGUAUUAGAAACAGAUAGUAUCACCAAUGCUGUUAAGGGUGCCUUGGAAUGGGUGAAAGAAACUGGAAAGGAGGUUGGUGGAGUUAUCGCAGCUGCUGGUGUAGCUACUCCUGCUAAGAUCCUCGAUCGCGACCUCAAUCCUUUCUCUCUCUCCGAUUUUGACUUCGUAAUGAACGUCAACGUCCGCGGUACUAUCGAUUUGAUACGUCAAUGUCUUCCCCACAUGGCUCGUUCCACCCCUAUGAAUGAAGAUGGUGAGCGUGGUGUUAUCAUUAUGGUUGCUUCAUCUGCUGCCUUUGAUGGCCAGCCUGGUCAAGUCGCCUACUCUGCUUCAAAGGGCGCGAUAGUCUCCUUAACCCUUCCCUUAACCCGUGAUGUCGCAAAACAUGGUAUUCGCGUCGUAACCAUAGCACCCAGUCUUUUUGAUUCAAGAAUGACGGCUAUGAUGAGUGAUAAAGUGCGAGCGAGUCUGACUAGAGUUAUGGAGUUUCCACUACGACCGGGCAAACCCCACGAGUUUGCACAACUGGUAAGACAAAGUAUUGAGAAUGUGAUGUUGAACGGAGUAGUUUUGAGAUUGGAUGGAGGAAUGAGGAUGCCGAGUAAGAUGUGAGGUUUGGGUGCACUUUUGUGUGGUUUCUGAGUUUAUAUCAUGGGUCUGGAUUUGAAAGUUUGACAGAAAGUCGCAAAGGUAUUAUUUUGACGGAUUAUGAUUUGUAGUACGUAGUAAUUGUAUAUUGUAUUGCAUUUAUCAAAAAUACCUGUGAAGAUUAAAGUAUAAGAGUGUUUGUAUGGCCAAUACCUCAAAAGUUAAGAAUAAAAUAUACAAUUACCAUAUGGAGAUUGCAGUAUAU